AUGGUCGGAAGUGUAUUCAGACAUGAUCUGAAGUGGAAUGAUGAUGAUGGUGAUAUAAUCAAAGUUGGAGCAGCUGUUUCUGUAGGAGAACAGCCUAUUAAGGGUCUUGUUAACCCCGAAGCUGGGGCUCGUAUGACAAUAGCAGAAUGUCUGACCAAUUUAGUGUUUGCUCCUAUAACAGACAUAAAGGAUAUAAAAAUGUCAGGAAAUUGGAUGUGGGCUGCAAAGUGCGAAGGUGAGGGAGCUCGUCUGGUCAGAGCCUGCACAUCCCUAUGCACAGGCUUGAAAGAAAUUGGAUGUGCUAUUGACGGAGGAAAAGAUUCCUUAAGUAUGGCUGCACGAGUUGAUGACGAACUAGUCAAAGCUCCAGGGACAAUUGUUCUAUCAGCAUACGUUGGUUGUACAGACAUCAAUAAGGUUGUUACACCAGUAGUAACCGGUGAUAUGACACUCAUCCAUAUACGGAUGGAUGGGAGUUCAGCCUUCAACAGACUUGGAGGAAGCGCUUUGGCUCAAUGUUUCGGACAGAUUGGGAACAACUGUCCGGAUGUGGAUGACUUCACUUCAUUUGUUCAAAUAUUCAACAUGAUACAGCAUUUGAUAAAAAAUGGAACUGUGCAAGCAGGUCACGACAUCUCGGAUGGCGGAUUAAUAACAUGUUUGCUUGAAAUAGCCUUCUCCAGUAAUAUCCAAUUAGAAUGCUCUGCUAGCAGUGAAACAGAUAUUUUGCAAUUUUUUUUCGCCGAAGAAUCAGGAGUAGUUAUUGCGGUUGAUAAUGCUGAUGUCAAUGAGGCAAUAGAAUGUUUGAAAAGAGGAGGAGCUUCACCUGUAGUUAUCGGCUAUACUGAAGCUAGAUAUGGACCUGAUGCUCACGUCAGAAUCAAAUACAAUGGUUUAGUUGUGGUUCAUGAGCCUCUGAAUGUGCUAAGAGAAAUUUGGGAAGAGACUAGUGAUCGACUAGGUACAUAUCAAACGACAAGUCUUUGUUUAGAACAGGAAAGAAAGAACCGGAUGAGUACUCGGCUUGUGAAGUACUACUGCAAUUUCGAUUACAACUUCGAAACCCAUAUUUGGGAUGAGAGCUACUUCACUACAGCUCCGAAUAUUGCAAUUAUUCGUGAAGAAGGAUCGAAUGGAGAUCGCGAAAUGGCUGCAGCUUUCGCUUACGCCGGUUUUCAGACUUUCGAUGUGGCUAUGACUGAUUUAUUAGAAGGGCAUACCCUUGCACCGUAUAAAGGAAUCGCCUUCGUCGGAGGUUUUUCAUAUGCUGACGUACUAGGUUCCGCAAGAGGCUGGGCGGCAACAAUCCAAUACCAUGAAGAUGUUUCUCGCCAGUUCAAAGAUUUUUAUUCUCGCAGAGAUACAUUUUCGUUUGGAGUUUGCAAUGGCUGUCAGUUAAUGACUCAACUGGGUUGGAUUGGAGAAUUUCAGGAGGAAGCAAAUGUAUUCUUAAAAGAUAACACAUGUGGACGUUUUGAAUCUUUCUUCGGCCCUGUUUUGAUAGAAAAAACACCUUCCAUAAUGUUGAAAGAUAUGGAAGGAUCAGUACUCGGACUGUGGUCAUCUCACGGAGAAGGUCGUUUCACGUUCAAAUCAUCUGAGGCGUAUGGAUCCCUCAAACCAUUCGUGGCUCUCAGAUAUGUGAAUAGUGAGGGCCAAGUUACCGAAGAAUAUCCUUGGAAUCCGAACGGAUCAAUCGAAGGAACAGCAGCGAUUUGUAGUAAGGAUGGACGACACUUAGCUAUGAUGCCACACUCCGAUAGAACCUUCAUGACAUGGCAAUGGCCUUCCUAUCCUCUUAAUCAACCAGGAUUCCAAUCAAAUAAAGAAAGAAUUGCAUUAUCUCCAUGGUCGAAAAUGUUUAGAAACGCUUACGAGUGGGUCAGACUUAAUGAUUAG